UCGGAUUUUGGACUUGGAUGUGGAGACCGAAACCGCCGCCGCGAACUAACCCCCGCUAUAAAUCAUCGCCGCACGGAGCUUCCACCUCCGUGGGAAGCAGUCGCGCGGUAGUUCGUUGGAUUGGCUUGGCUGGUAGGGCGAGGGGAAAGUGAUGGAUCCCGUGGAGGCGGAGGAGCCGCAGACGGAGCCCCCGGACGAGGACGAGGAAGAGGAGGGCUUCGCCGAGAAAGAUCCCACCGGACGAUUCAUCCGGUAUGAUGAGAUCGUGGGAUCGGGGGCCGUCAAGAUUGUCUACAAAGCCUUCGACAAGCUGGAGGGUGUUGAGGUUGCAUGGAGCCAAUCACGGAUUAAUGACUCUGUCAUGAGUUGCUCACAAAAGAUGGAGCAGCUGAACACGGAGGUCCAACUAUUGAGGACGCUCAGGCACAAGAACAUUGUGAAGUUGUUUGCCUCAUGGGUUGAUGAGGAGAGGGGGAUUGUUAACAUUGUCACGGAGUACUUCACAUCCGGCAGCUUGAGACAGUAUCGCACAAAGCACAAGAAAGUGGACAUGAAGGCUAUGAGACGAUGGGCCAUACAAAUAUUGACUGGGCUUGAAUAUUUGCACAGUCAGGAACCAUCCAUCAUACAUAGGGAUUUAAAGUGUGACAAUGUAUUCAUAAAUGGAAACUAUGGAAAAGUGAAGAUUGGUGAUUUUGGUUUGGCAACAUUCAUGCAACAACAGAAAACACGAAGUAUAAAAGGCACAUUAGAAUUUAUGGCACCGGAGCUCUACACUGGGAAUUACAAUGAGCUGGUGGACAUAUAUGCUUUUGGGAUGUGCAUGCUUGAAAUGGUGACGUGUGAAUAUCCUUAUAGUGAAUGCCAAGGCAUGGGCCAUAUAUUCAAGAACGUUUCUGAAGGUAAAAAACCAGCUGCUCUCUACAAGGUUAUAGAUGCAGAGUUAAGAUCUUUCAUAGAGAACUGUUUAGCUCCAGCGGCUGAAAGACUGCCCGCGAGUGAGCUCUUGAAGAGCUCUUUCCUCCAGAAAGACGAGUCUCUCUCAGCACCUCCAAUUUCAGUCUCCCUGGUCGAGAUCGAGAAUGUGACUAAAGAUGGUGAUCAGUCUGACAGUUUCGUGUUUCGGAAGGGUGAAUUUCUGCUGAAAGGAAAUAUGGAAGUUACCAACCUUGUCAAUCUGUGCCUAAGAUUUCCUGAUCCAUACGGUGUUUUUAAGACUGCUGAGUUCCCAUUGGACGUGGCCAAGGAUACAGGCCUUUCUAUUGCCAUGGAAAUGGCUGAACACUUUGAACUGCCACAAGGGAGCAUAGAGAUCAUAACCGAGUUGAUUGGUGCAUUCCUGCUCGUCCUGGUCCGUUAUUGGAGGUCUUGUGUUGCCAUGCCAUGAAAUAACUCUCUGCUUCCCCCCAAAGCGCUGUUAUGCAUCUUUAGCAGCAUAUGUAACCUUUUUACUUUCUUUUACAUGAAUAUCAGAAUAGAAGACCAUGUUUCAGCCUCUUGUGCGUACGCAAUUUACAGUGCCUACAAGAUGUGCCGCUUAACAUGGCAUUUUCAGUCGAUGAUGAUGAAAGUUAAAAGAGUAGAGUCAAUGUAGUCAUUUGUUACAAAUUUUUUUCCCGUGACAGGAUUGAACAGAGAAUUGAGAGUAAUCAGUCGACUUUUAUUUUUUAGCCAAGAGAGAAAUCAGUGGAUAAUCUUUGCUCUU